AUGCCCUUCAAGCGCAGCUUCAACACUGUAGGCGUCCACUGCGGCGGCGAAGUCUGCGACGUCGUAGUCGGUGGUGUACGCGAUGUCCCUGGCAAGACAAUGUACGAAAAGAUGAUGCAUUUCUGGAAACAUGAAGACCACCUCAGAAACCUCCUUCUGAAUGAACCACGAGGCUGUUCCGCCAUGUGCCACAACCUCGUCUUACCUCCCACGAACCCAGAAGCCGACUAUGGCUUCAUCAUCAUGGAGCAUGAAGAGUACCCGCCCAUGUCGGGAGCAAAUACCGUUGCGACGGUGACGUGUCUGCUGGAAACGGGCAUGGUGACGAUGCAGGAACCUGAGACGGUUGUCAAGCUUGAUGCGCCGGCUGGACUUGUUACUGCUUAUGCGAAGUGUGAGAAUGGGAAAUGUAAGAGUGUCAGGUUUCAUAAUGUGCCUGCCUUUGUGUUUGCCACGGACAAGGAGAUCUCGGUACCGGAUCUGGGCACGGUGAAAGUCGACAUUGCAUAUGGAGGGAUGAUCUACGUGUUGGUAGAUGCUGCGUCAGUUGGUCUCAAGAUAAAGACUACGGAGGGAGCCAAGCUUGUCAAGGUCGGAGAGCGGAUCAAGAGAGCUGUCAUGGAACAAACGGACCCAGUGCAUCCGGAAAACCCUGGUAUUCAUGGCGUCACAAUUAUCGAGUUCACAGAGCCUCUGUAUGAGUACAAGGAUGGAAAGGCAGCAAACAACACUGUAGUCGUGUCUCCCGGGCGCUUAGAUCGAAGCCCUUGCGGAACAGGAACUUGUGCCAGGCUAGCAGUUCUUCAUGCAAAAGGAGAGCUGAAGGAGGGUGAGAACUUUUAUCACCGCGGCAUCACUGGGACGGAAUUCGUUGGUAGAGUAGAGGGAACAACCAAGGUUGGUGAAUAUUCUGCGAUUUAUCCCUCUGUUGAAGGACAGGCAUGGAUAACAAGCUUCAAACAAGUUGUGUUGGAUUCCACAGACCCUUUCCCUGAAGGAUUUCGUGUUGGAGAUACAUGGCAUCUAGACCCCGAAGAGUAG